CUCUUCAGAAUCUUGUACCAUAUUACAAAAAAAUUCCCUUUUCCCUCUCCUUAAAUAUUUCAAUCUUUCUCCUCAUUCCAAACACACUUCACUCAUUCAUCACUUUUGCCUUUGCCAUUUUCUUUGCACUUUGUGAAAAAUUUUGUUGCAGAAAAAUGGUGAAGUUUUCUAAACAAUUUGAAGGGCAAUUAGUUCCUGAAUGGAAAGAAGCUUUUGUUGAUUAUUGGCAACUCAAAAAAGACCUCAAGAAAAUCCCUAUUCUCAAUACUGACAAUAAUGCAACUAACAAAAACAAAAACAAAAACAAAAACAAAGAUAGUAGUUUUACCAAUGAUCUUAUUUCCUCUAUUAGGAAAUUGCCAUUUUUUGGACCUCAACGUCGCGAACAUGGUGUCAUUCAAGUUCAUACGAAGCUUGCACAGACGUUAAGUAAGGGCGAUUUGUAUGAGACUGAAGUGUUGGAGCAAUUUGCUGAUACUGAGGCUGCUGCUGAGUUUUUUGCACUCUUGGAUCUUCAACUUAACAAAGUGAACAAAUUUUUUCGGACGAAAGAGAAAGAGUUUGUAGAAAGAGGAGAGUCAUUGAAGAAGCAAAUGGAGAUUCUCAUUGAGUUAAAAGCUGCAUUAAAACAACAUCAUGAUACAGGAACUUCUUCAGGCCAAACCUUAAAAGAAGAUGAGUCAAUUUCAGGCAUCAUUUCUUGUGAUGAAGAGUCCACAAAAGACAGAACAGAGCAAGAACAGGACAUAGAGAAUUCAAUAGAUGAAGUUAAUAAAAAUGAUGGACAAUUGACAGACUCUCCAAGAUCAAGUGAACUAGGAAAAUCAACUAGUAUCAAGAGGGAAGACAGCAAAUCAAAAAGCCUAUCCGAACGAGUGAUCAAUAUCCAGGGGAAAAGCUUAAAGAUUCACAUUCCUCUAACGAAUCCAACGCGAACAUUCUCAGCUAUAUCUUAUUUGCUUAGGGAUGAUAUGAUCAAUCAAUCCUCCAAGAAAUGUGGCACAGACGGACGAAAACUGCACAUCAAUAGAACGAAGCUAAAACACGCGGAGAAGAUGAUCAGGGGAGCCUUUAUUGAGCUAUACAAAGGACUAGGAUUCCUUAAAACUUAUAGGAACUUGAACAUGCUAGCUUUUGUAAAAAUCUUGAAGAAAUUUGACAAAGUUACAAACAAACAAGUUCUUCCUAUUUAUUUAAGAGUUGUGGAGAGUUCUUACUUCAACAGCUCAGAUAAGGCUUUGAAGUUGGCUGAUGAUGUUGAGAAGAUUUUUAUCAAACACUUUGCUGAAGAUGAUAAAAAGAAGGCUAUGAAAUACCUCAAACCUGCUCAGAAAAAAGAGUCCCAUGCAGUUACCUUUUUUAUUGGUGAGUUCAAGAAAAAAGAGUCUCAUGCAGUUACCUUUUUUAUGGGUUUAUUCACAGGAUGUUUCCUAGCGCUUUUCGUCGGAUAUGUGAUCAUGGCUCAUAUAACAGGAAUGUAUAAACCUCAAUCUGAUACAAUAUACAUGGAAACUAUUUAUCCUAUUCUCAGCAUGUUCAGCUUAAUGUUCUUGCACUUCUUUCUGUAUGGAUGCAACAUAUUUAUGUGGCGAAAAACUCGUGUAAACUAUAGCUUCAUCUUUGAGCUAGCACAAACUAAGGAACUCAAGUACAGAGAUGUGUUCCUCAUAUGUACUGCAUCGAUGAGUGCUGUUGUCGGGGUCCUUGUUCUUCAUCUCACACUUGUGGCAAAAGGAUACUCUUAUAAUCAAACUCAAGCAAUCCCUGGCCUCUUAUUAUUGGUCUUCAUUAUGCUGCUGGUGUGUCCAUUCAACAUCAUUUACAAAUCUAGCCGUUAUCGCUUCAUUUGUGUUAUAAGGAACAUCAUAUUAUCACCUCUGUAUAAGGUUGUCAUGUUAGACUUCUUUAUGGCUGAUCAACUUUGUAGCCAGGUUCCAAUGCUCAGAAACCUUGAAUAUGUAGCAUGUUACUACAUAACUGGAAGCUAUAAAACUCAAGAUUAUGGUUAUUGCAUGAGGACAAAAUAUUAUAGAGACCUUGCUUAUGCAGUUUCUUUCUUACCAUACUACUGGAGAGCAAUGCAGUGUGCACGAAGAUGGUUCGACGAAGGACACAAAAGCCACCUAGUGAAUCUUGGAAAAUAUGUGUCUGCAAUGUUAGCUGCAGGAGCAAAAGUUGCAUAUGAAAAAGAAAAGAAUAUAGGAUGGCUUUGCUUAGUUGUAGUAAUGUCAAGUGCUGCAACUGUGUAUCAAUUAUACUGGGAUUUUGUUAAAGAUUGGGGCUUACUUCAGUGUCAUUCCAAGAAUCCGUGGUUAAGGAAUGAAUUAAUGCUUCGUCGAAAAAUUUAUUACUAUUUCUCCAUGGGAUUGAACCUUGUACUGAGGCUAGCAUGGUUACAAACAGUUCUGCAUUAUAAUUUUGGAAGUGUAGACUACAGAGUAACUGGGCUAUUUUUAGCAGCCCUUGAAGUUAUUAGGAGAGGGCAAUGGAAUUUUUACAGGUUGGAGAAUGAGCAUCUAAAUAAUGCAGGGAAAUUUAGAGCUGUUAAAACAGUGCCACUUCCUUUUCAUGAAGUAGAUGAACAAGAUUGAAUUAUUCCAAUUUGCAAUAUAAGGGUCAUGCAAAAUUAUUUUUUUAUGACCCUUAUCUCAUUGAACAAGUUGAUAAAAUUGUCAAAUUGUUCUCUA